AUGGCUUUCCCAGUUCCUUCUCAUCUUCCACGACGAGCAACCCCUCAAGAUGUUACCUCAAAGAUUUUGUCAACAAUGGACGAAGCAACCAACAAAUCCUUGACGGCUUCGCUGGCGAAAUCUUGGCUUGAAGAACUGGAUGCAACUAUUCAAUCUACCAAAGAAAGAAUUCAUGACCGUAUUCACGCCGAUUUACCCGAAUUUGAACGACAAUUGCAGACGUCGAUUUCCGUGCAGACACGACUACAUACAUUGGUGACAGAAGUCGACUCACUGAAUCAUUCCUUACACGACCCGGAGUCAGGCCUAGUCCCUUCUCUGGUCAAAACGUUGACUGCUCACUCGACUUUAGCUCAAAAAGCCACCAAUGCGAGAAUCAAACACGAAGCCUUAUCAUAUUUACUACGAUGUAGUAAAGAAUUCUCCUCUCUAGAGGGGCUAGUACGCAAUGGGGAUCUUCCGGAAGCCGUGGAAAGUUGUGCGAGCAUUGAGCAGUUGCUGAAAGAUGCGCCCGUAGCACUUGCUCAGUCUGAGGUAUAUCUGGACUUAAAGCGUAAAUUCAACGCUUCCAAAGCUCGUACGGAAGAACAAUUGAGCGACGCAUACUCGAGAUGCGUUCUGGUUGCUCCGCACGAACUAACGAUCGCUCAGUCUGUUCAAGUUCGUCAGUCUGAGCGAACGUUGUCGCUUUCGGAAAUUCUUUCAUCAUUAUCUCUAGUAUCUCUGGAUAACCACCUUAAUACUCUCCGCCGGGACAUAACAACUCACUACAUUGAUACCUUAUUGACGCAGCCGAUGUCAGUUGUAGAAGAGGGCUUCAAGCUAUCCUUCUUCCCUUCUCCCCCGAAUGACGAAAAGCUCGAAAGCCGUAUUGACAAUCUAUCACGAACCUUACACUUCCUCCACGCACACCUUUUCACUUACCUUCCUGCCGCGAAAUGCUCUUCCUUCCUACAAUCACUAUGCAAACCUGUCAUUUCCAGUGUAUUGAACAACCUCCUUAUAUCAAAUCUUCCCUACUCCUUCAACCGCCUUCCACCCUUUCUCGAACUAGUCAAAGAUGCUGUGUCAUUUGAACAAACAUGCAUCAUCGAACUACUAGGCAACGACUCUGCCGACCGUCCGAUAAAGGCCUGGGCUGACGGCGUAUGUGGUCACUAUGAACGUCAGAGACGAGUCCAUAUAUUGGAAAACACCCGAGCGAAAAUCUUGGAACCCGAAGAUUUCUCGGAUGCCUUUCAUGUCGAAGUGGAAGUGGUUCAAGCCGCUGCGGAACCCGAGGUUGUGCCGAUUCAGGAGGAAGGAGUUGCUGAGGAUGCUUGGGGCUUGGAAGAAGAUGAUGCAUCGGCGUCGGCGAAGGUUGAUGAUAGUGGGUGGGGCUUCGAGGAUGAUACAGGAUCCGCAAAAACGGGUGAAGACGGAUGGGGAUUCGAAGAUGAAGUAAAUACAGAUGAUAUGGACAAAAUUGAUGACGGGUGGGGCUUUGAUACUGCGGAAGAAGCUACAGUGCCGACUGGGGAUGAAUCCUUACCAGAUAUCAAACCAGCUACUAACGGUCAUGAACCUGAACCUGAGGCCGAAGACGCUUGGGGUUUGGAUGAUGAUGCAACGGCAGAUGAUGCCCCUCCCGCUUCAGAGGACGAAACCAAUUGGGAUGAUCCUUGGGGAGAGAAGACGUCAGCGCCUCCUUCAACUUCCGUCGAAUCCCCUCGGCCACCUCCUGCUCCCUCAAUAAAGUCGCCCCCAAAGGUCGCAACACGACUAGAAAAACUCGCAAACAAAGGCAAAAAGGGUCUCAACGGAAAUUCUCCUAUGAACUCUCCCUCCAAGGCGAUGGCAUUUUCACCAAACGUCUCUUCCCCUUCUUUUUCUCCUGCCGUCGCGUCUCCUUCGUUCAACGCCAAGGUUACACAGUCUCCAUCACCGUCACAGCCCUCAUUACCUUCAUUACCUUCAGCUGCAAGUAAACUCGCAGAGAAACGACCGCCGGAUCUGUCGAUUUCUGCACCAAAGGAGUCGUACCUCGUCUCGACUAGUAUGAAAGAUAUUAUAGCUCUUGUCCAGGAAACUUUGCGUGAAGGUGGAGAAGUUGGUGACUCAAAAUCAUUGUCCCCGGCACACGAGUCUAGCUCGGCACCCGGCUCAACUCUUUAUCAAACCGCGGUGUCGAUCCUGGAUUUGUAUCGGGCGCUGUAUCCAGUGGUGUUCAGUGGAAUAUUGCAAUCAUUAGAGGGGCCGAUGCGGUUCUCAAAUAACACCCUAUAUCUCAGCACUGAAAUUGAUAUCAUCGUAAAAGAGUUACAUGGGUCAAAUGUCCAGACAGUGAAAGAACGCUUUUGUGAAUGCGGGCGUACCUUCAAACUGUUAAGUGAGAGCUGGUAUGGCGAUGCUAUCGAAAAGCAACGUCAAUUGGUCGACAAAAUCCUGGCAGAGAGUACUCAAGGGUUUACCUCCACAGGCGAUCAAGACCGAUACGAUGAAUGCGAAAGUGCCAUGAAUCGGAGUCUUCAAGAGAUUAGGCGCGUCUCGCAAAAAUGGAAAGGCCUAUUAACGAAGAGCAAAUACUACACUGCGCUAGGAUCCGUCACGGACGCAGCGCUUUCCCGUGUAGUACAAGAUGUCCUCGCGUUAGGUGACAUUCCGGAAUUGGAGUCUCAUCAAUUAAGUGAGUUGUGUCGUAUACUGCUAGCUCUGGAAGGACUGUUCAGCGAAGAUCCGGAAAAGCCUUCCUUUGUCGUUGCCUACGUUCCGUCUUGGCUCAAAUUCUCUUAUCUAUCAGAACUGCUGGAAGCUUCCCUCGCCGAUAUAACAUAUCUCUUCGAGGAGGGUGCACUGGUGGACUUCGAGGUAGAGGAGUUAGCGAGAUUGGUACGAGCAUUAUUCGCCGAUACGCCUUUACGGACCAAUACUAUUAACAAGAUACUGAGUGGACAUUCAAUACCUGUGUAG